AUGAAGCGAAAAUCUUUCGUCCUUGUGGUAGAGGACAAGCACCUUAAUUAUGUCGGGCAAUCAACUGAAUUUUGGAGAAGCACAGAUCGCUGCAGAAGUGGUAGUGAGAAUAUACGUUCCAUUGGUACGCACUGGGUUGAACAUGAAAAUGGCUUACCGAAUGAACAAUCAAUCAGGAUUCAAAGAUGGCCAGCGAAGAAUCUGGAUUCGAUUUGUGGAAGGCAAUCAGUGCUGACAGCAUUAAUCAAAAUUCGGGAAUACAUUGUAAAUCAGUAA